AAGUAAGCUUCUGUAGGAAGAUCAGUCCUCAAAGCAGGAGGAGUUUCCCCGCGAGUCGAGCCCUUAAAGUAGACUGAAACUGUUAAAGGGAGCGAGAUCUUCAAGUGACUCGUUCAGACACCGAGUUGAGUUCACGGCUUUGAAACAGCCGCAUUGUUAAAGAGUGAAGAUGAGUGUGAAUUUCAUGAAAUGCAACUCGGUGUUAAUCACGGGGUCGAGCAGAGGUCUGGGUCUGCAGAUGGUUAAACAUCUAGUAGGAAUCUCUGAGAGACCGAAGAAGAUCAUCGCCACUGCCAGGAACCCAACUUCAGCUCAGGAGCUGCAGCAAAUUGCCAAAUCCCACCCUGAGGUGUACAUCGUGCCUUUAGAUGUGGUCGAUGAUGCGAGUAUUGAAGCAGCGGUUCAGCAGGUGUGGAGCAUUGUGGGUCCUGGGGGGUUAAACUGCCUGAUCAACAACGCCGGGAUCAUGAGCAUCUCGGACCUGAACUCAGAGACACGUGACAGGAUGAUGAACACGUUCCAGACCAACACCGUCUCGCCUCUGUUUGUUACCAAGGCGUUCCUGCCAUUAUUGCGAGCAGCAGCAGGAGCAACAGUGUGUGACGGCAGUGUGAUGAGUGUGAAUCGAGCUGCAGUCAUUAACAUGUCGUCCCUCCUCGGCUCUGUGCAGCUCAACCAGGGACAAGUGGCUGAUCUUAAAGUUUACGCUUACAGAGUGUCAAAGGCUGGUCUGAACAUGGUGACACGGUGUUUAUCGGUGGAUCUGCAGCCAGAUGGGAUCCUGUGCACGGUGCUUCAUCCCGGCUGGGUGCAGACUGAUAUGGGAGGAAAACAGGCUCCUCUCACUCUGGAGGAGAGCAUCUCGUCUCUGUUAGCAGUCGUUAGCGCGCUGAGUGAAAAGGACCAUGGGCAGUUUUUGGACUACGAGGGGAAGAAUCUACCCUGGUGAUCAUGCCAGAGCAGGACAUCAGCGACUCGCUCACACAGAGAUGCACUUCUGCACUUGAACACAAUCAGCAGCUCGAGCAUCAGUUUAACAUUAAACAAUUUAUAUCAUCAAA